AUGAGUACUACUGUAUAUACAAAGAGUUUCCAAAAUUGUUCUGAAAAUGAAGUUACAGGCUAUAAUGACUGUCCAUCGUUUUUAUUGUCAGGAAAAAACAAGAAGAAUCCAUUAUCAUCGCAUAGAAUCGUUGACAAUGUUCCUGAAUACAUGUACGGCAAAAAAAUUGCUCUUAACAACAUUGCUCCACCUCCACCUUCUAAACGUAUGCUUUCUAGAAGAGUUUCAACUUCUUCAGAGAUCUCAUUUAGUUCAAUGGAUUCUGAAAACUAUUUAGAAAAAAAUGAAAUUGUUCUUUUGGUUCAAAAUUUAUUAAGUUCAGAAACUAGAUUAAAUGAGAAUGAAUUUCAAUUUUACAAGAAAAAAAUUGAAACUAAUUUUCUUUCAAGUUUAGAAAAUGAAAAUACUAUUAUGGUAUUAAGUCAAUUUUUCAAUGAAGCGAGUAAAAAUAAAUCAAAUGCUCAAAAAUUAAUGAAAAAUUGGUUAGUUUCUGAUAUUUCGGUGUCAAAUUGGGUACCAUCAUUUAUCAAGAUAUAUGAAAACUCCAUAUAA